AUGAAUUUCGGCAUAGUUAUUCUUUUUUUCGGCCUACCUUUUGCGUCUUCAAUGUUAAGGAGGCUGCCAGUACCAGCUUGUCGAGCUACCGGUAUCACGGCGUAUUGUCACAAUAUCAAAUUUGAUUCUUAUAGGAUAGAAGCUGCGAUGAAUAAGGCAAUGGAAAUUUACCGUAAUUUUCUACCAGAAUCUAGGGCAAAGGAAAACUUAUUCUAUAUUGGGCAUUCUGCAGAAAAUGGUCAUGAGUUUUGUUACCCCUUGACCAUGACUAAGAAAGAAAUAAAGAAAACUCCUGGAAUCCAGGCGUACGUGUACUUCAACCAAGUCUGCCGCUUUAUGACAGUCAUGGAAAUGUUUACUAAUGGACAAUUUCCUACACAUACUGAUUGUGAUAUUACGCGAAACUAG